UUUAAAGGUGCAAAGCACAUUUUGUAGUUCAAAAUAAGUUUGUAUACCAACAUUAUAUCAGUUAAUGAUAUAUACAGUUAUGAUCUUUAAAAUAUUCAAAAUGCAUGUUUACAUUCUUAAUUCUUAUCAUCCAAACCAUCUGUGGCUUCAAUGAAACCACAAAGUUUAACAAGAACAAUACUUUCUUAUCAUGUUGAUCUACAAUUUUUUUUAAGACGUAAGUAACAGUCUGCUCAGUGACUCCACCCAGCAGUAUUACACCAUGUUUAGCCAGUGAGAGCUCACUGAUCGUCUUCAUCAUGACCAUCAUCAUCUCUCUGCUCCUGUUGGCCUCUCUGCUGCCACACCUGACCUUCACUGCUCAUGUGAAUGUGGGUAUAGUGAAUGGCAAUGAAGUCAGACCCCACUCCAGACCUUACAUGGUUUCUCUUCAGGCAUAUGGGCACCAUAUCUGUGGAGGAUUCCUCAUUUCUGAUCAGUUUGUCCUGACUGCUGCACAUUGCUGGAACGGACUUAAUAUUCUGAUGGUUGUUGUUGGUGCUCAUGACUUAAGGGACAGCAAGAGUUCAGAUCACAUCAGAGUGAAGUCCUACAUCCCUCAUCCAAAAUAUGAAGAAAAAAUUCCUUAUCAACCUUAUGAUGACAUCAUGCUUUUGAAGCUAGAGAAAAAAGUCCAACUAAACAAAAAGGUUGGAGUGUUGCCAUUACCAAAUGAAGGAGAAGAUGUCAAACCAGAGGCUGCCUGUAGUGUUGCCGGCUGGGGAAGACUGAUGACUGAUGGCUCAGUGAGCAAUGUUCUAAUGGAGGCAAAAGUGUCCGUAAUGAAUAACAACGAAUGUAGAAAUAGAUGGGGACCAUCAUACUCAGUCUCACAGAUGAUCUGUGUAUAUGGCCGUGGUGGAUCCUGCCAAGGGGAUUCAGGAGGUCCUUUGGUUUGUGGAAACACUGCUGUUGGUGUCACAUCUUUCAGUGCCCUACGCUGUAAUUCAUCUGAUCAUCCUAAUGGGUAUACUAAGAUUUCAGCAUAUAUUCAGUGGAUCGAUAUAGUUACUAGAAAUGUAUAGUGACUUCAUUGAAACUAAAAAAGGAAGAAAUGUUAUUCUUGAAUUUUUCCAUAAAUCUUCUUUCAAUAAAAGCAUCACAUGGCAAGCAUCAAUUAUAGUCAAAGUGUUCUCAUUGUCACAACAAUACAGUAUAUAAUUUAGACAACACCCUCACUAUCCAGUCAUGUCUUUAGACUCAUAUCUCAUUGAAUGGGAAAAACUGAAAUACCCAAAACUGUUGGUCAAAAUUACAGCAAUAAUAAUAAAAAAACAUUAAUAUAUAUAAAAAAAAAUUCAAAACAGAAAUAUCAUCAUAAAUUGUGCAAACUGUGCUGCUUAAAAAAAAUUCUGGUAAAUCCUCCAGAAUUUGAGUUGUAAAAUAAAGAGCUUUGUAAAGAUCUAACCACAGAUAGUCAGUUUUACUAAGCUCUC